AUGGUUGUGGAUAAUUUGGCCUUUCUGAUGGAUCAGACUGCCUGGGCGUCAACGCCUGUCAGCCAAUCGACUUUGCUCUUGUCUGACUCAACAGCUUCCAACAUCGCCGACCAGAUCGAGGUCUACGCUUCAAAGAUUAUCAUCAGCCGACUACUCGCAGAGAAUAUCACUUCAUAUGGAGUUGACGGCACCGUUAUGAAUCUCGAUAACGGAAGCACUGCGUAUCUAUCCGAUUCAAUCAUUAGAAAUGUCAACUCAAGCGGACACGGCGGUGGGAUUGCUGUUCAGAGCGGAUCAAUUCUCGUGGCUAGCAACACUCUGUUCGAAGGGCUAUCUGCCGAGCAAGGCGGAGCACUCUUUGCCACGCAGACGAGCAUGCUGCGCCUCAAAAACGUCACAUUCCACAAUAAUUUUGCAACGACCUUUGGGGGAGCUGGAUAUGCCGAUGAAAGCUCUUUGGUUCUUUGGAACCAAGGCGCAUGCAUGGGAUGCAGCGCGGGCUCUCGAGGGGGCUGCUUUCGCAUUCAAAACUACUCAGGUCUUAGCGGUGCAUCUGGAUCGAGUCAUGAAUUUAUCGGUAUUUCCUUCACCAAUCUUACAUCGGGCAAGGGUGCUGUCUUUGACCUGGAGGGCAGCGUCACGGUCUCGCUUCAGCAAUCUGAGAUCGAAAGUGCGUUUGCCACCGACCAAGGUGGCUCAUUUUUCAUCUCUGAUGGCGCCAGUCUUACACUCAACUACAGUACUGUGUAUGAUAGCUCCUCAUCCAUGGGUGGUUUGGCUUUUGUUGAGGUCAACAGUCUGCUCACAAUAAGCAACACCAGCAUUUCAUUCUGCAACGCGACAAGAUCCAACGGUGGCACUCUCGCUAUCGUCGACUCGACGCUAGCUUUCUUGAGCUCAAAUAUCAGCAACUCAGAGUCUGCCGCAAAUGGAGGCGCCUUCUAUAUCGACCGCUCCGACUUUGGGUCAGCGACGAUGCACGCCGUUUUGAUACGAGAUGCAAGGUUCCAGAAUCUGCACUCUGCGGUAGAUGGCGGAGUACUUUACGUCACCAACGGUGCCGCUGUAACUCUUGAAAACACCAAGACAUAUAUCUCUGCUGCUGGGAACGGUGGAUGUUUUGCUUCCGUAAUCACCUCGUCGACCAUCACCGGGACAUCGACGCUGACUCUACUCAACAACAACCUGCUCUGGUCGUGCUUCUCUCUGAGUUCGCACGGCGCACUAUAUGUCUCUGGGCCAUCCAGAAUCAACAUUACCGGCCGUGAUGAUACUGUACUCACUGCCUCAAGCUCGGGAUCCCCCAACAACCUCGGGGGCUUUCUUUACGUCGAAGGGAGUCCGAUCAUUGACAUAUCUCAAAGUAUACGGGUCCAGAACAUGUACUGUGACAGAAACGCGAUCAUAUAUUUGGGCGGAUGCCCCAGCAUCAUGGUUCACUCAACAAACACCUCAAGCCCAAAGUUCAUCCACGAUCAGGACGACAAAAUCUACAUCGACGAUCUUCAGUGCGCUCUCGACGUACUUCCGUAUUACCCUGGAUGGGAAUCGUUUGUUGGCAACAUAUCCGCUACCCACAUUGGCCCGCCUGCACAGCUUCAGAAGACGGUAUCAUCAUGGGAGCCACCUGCGUCCGGCGUGCGGAUCGCUGAGACCUUGGGUGCCAUAACAGUCCAAGCUGCCGAUAUAUUUGGCAAUACUGCAGGGUGUAUGUCAAUGGGAUUCUGGGAGAUCAUCCAAGCCACGUCGUGGUCGAUGAGCGCGACCAACGGCGAUGCAAACAUCGGCUCUCCGAUCGUUGUCUGGAUCAGAGAAAUCAACCAUGGCACUCCAAUCUACGGCGAAUACAUCAAAGCCAUACUCAAUUUCUCGACCAAUUCCGUGACUUUCACAGGUCUGUCUCUGGCAGCGCACGAAAACGGCCAAUAUAGACUCUCUAUCGAAGCUGUAUCUGGAAUUGCCGUUCACCUGCCCUGGCCGCAAAUACUGGUCACCGUCGAGCCGUGCAGCCAAGACGGAAGCCAGACAUGGAGCCAAAACUACGAAAAGUGUCUACCGAUCGCGUCGGUUCAGCCGGCGGUUGAGAUAGCCACGGUCGCUGUGUCAAGUCUGCUGGCGGGCAUUUGCUUGGCUACAAUCGCGCUGAUAUACCGCUUUCGAAGUUUCCAAGUGGUCAAACGAUCCUCGCCGAUAUUUUUGGCCAUCAUCAACGUCGGAGGGAUACUCUUUUUCGGAUUUUUGUCGGUGUUCCUGGCCCUGAUCCUGCGCACAUACCGAAUCCAUGCCAUCUUCUCUGGGGGUGCCAAGCUGCAGGUGGUUGUUAUCACUGAUAGCAAGCUGGGCACGUAUUUUGUGGCAUUUGCCGUUCCAUUUCUGAUCUUUCUGGUCAUCUGGACCAUCCUGGCGCCACCUCGGUUUCAGUUGGUUGAAAAUUUUGACUAUGCGACAAGUCGAAAUUGCACAUCGCCAGGGCCAUUUCAGCAGAUCAGGCUUAUUAUCCAGUUGAUCUUCGAGGCAGUGGCUGUUGUGCUGGGAUACCUUGUCCGAAACGUAAACACCUGUUUCAAUGAGUCCAAGUUGAUUGCCUUCACAUGUUACAACUGGGUCAUCUUUGGUGCGAUUUUGACGCUACUUCGGCCGGCCGUGAGCGACCCGACGUUUGGAUACUUGAUUGGAUCGAUUGCCAUCGUCCUGCCGCACACGAUCACCAUCAUUGCCCUCGUCGUCAUCAAGCUCCGGCUCUGCAUCGUCGCCCCAGACACAGCCUCGAGGAGCGAAAAUGCCAACUUGAUUGAGUGGCCAUCGCUUCUGAGCGACGCCAUGAAAUCCAGUCCUCACCUCGAUGCGUUUGCGGGACUGCAAUCGCCAAAGGGACAAGGCCCCACGACCAACGACGGCGCAGACCAGGGUAACCAAAAUGCCGCCAACAGGUGCAGCAGACGAUCGGCCGAGCCAUUCGAGACAGCGUAUGAAGGGCACAUUCCAUCCAACGGACAGGUCUAG